UAAAAUACAGUUGUAUCUUCAUUUUAUAAUCUCAGAAGUCACCUAGACUUGACGCAUGGCUAGAUUUUUAGACUCUUUUGAAAGCUACGCUAGAAGGAAGCACGGGGAAAGUGGUAGGAAAAAAGUUACCAGAUCGGGAUCAAGUUAGAUUUAUAGAAGAAUGAUCAGUGAAUGCGUUUUAUAAAUGCACCCUUUAGGCACUAAAAGUGACUCAUGACACCAAUAGACAAUCUGGCAGUUCCCGCUGCAUUGGUUUCCUCUAUGGUUGUCUGCAGUGGGAGCAGACUCCGUGAGGAUGGACGAUGAUGGUGGGACUGUGGGUCUGGAGGCCUCCCAGCGUCCAGUCUGCAACACAGAUUCAGAAGAGGACAUGAUAAGUGGUGGGAUGCACACUUUCAACCAAACCCAUAUGAGGAAAGCCUUCCAUCUGAUGAACGAGCUGAGAAGUAAAAAGCAGCUGUGUGAUGUUCAGCUUAUGGCAGGAGGCACUGAAGUCCCAGCUCAUAGGGUGGUCCUCGCGUCUUGCAGUCCCUACUUUUGUGCCAUGUUCACAGGUGAUAUGAGUGAGAGCAAAGCACAUCAGGUGGAGAUCCAAGAGGUAGAUGGAUUGACCCUACAAAAACUGAUUGACUACAUAUAUACUGCUGAAAUAGAGAUUACAGAAGACAACGUUCAGGUGUUGCUGCCAGCUGCCAGCCUGCUGCAGCUGAUGGAUGUACGGCAGGUUUGUUGUGAGUUUCUUCAGUCACAGCUUCAUCCUUCUAACUGUCUGGGCAUAAGAGCCUUUGCUGACCUACAUACAUGUACACAACUUUUGAAUCAGGCCCAUGCAUACGCUGAGCAGCAUUUCUCUGAAGUUGUACAAGGAGAAGAAUUUCUAAGUCUGUCUUUGCAGCAGGUUUGCAGCCUCAUCUCCAGUGAUAAACUAACUGUCUCCACCGAGGAGAAGGUUUUUGAGGCAAUGAUAUCCUGGAUCAAACAUGAUAAACCAUCUCGUCUUGAGUAUAUGUCAAAACUCAUGGAACAUGUGAGACUCCCACUCCUUUCAAGGGAUUAUCUUGUUCAGAUUGUGGAAGAAGAGGCACUGAUAAAAAACAACAACACAUGUAAAGAUUUUCUUAUAGAAGCGAUGAAAUAUCAUCUGCUGCCCGCAGAUCAACGGCACCUUAUUAAGACAGACAGGACCCGGCCACGAACUCCAAUCAGCAUUCCCAAGGUAAUGAUCGUAGUUGGUGGGCAAGCACCAAAAGCCAUCCGCAGUGUCGAAUGCUACGAUUUUCAAGAGGACCGAUGGUACCAGGUUGCUGACCUACCAUCUAGACGCUGUAGAGCAGGUGUAGUUUCUAUGGCAGGUCGCGUUUAUGCAGUUGGGGGCUUCAACAGCUCUCUGAGGGAAAGAACAGUUGAUGUGUAUGAUGGAGCUCUGGAUCAGUGGAGUGCAGUGGCCAGCAUGCAGGAGAGGCGCAGUACACUGGGAGCUGCUGUACUGGGCGAUUUGCUGUAUGCAGUGGGUGGCUUCAAUGGAAGCAUAGGCCUUUCCACUGUUGAGGCUUAUAGCUACAAAACUAACACAUGGUUCUGUGUAGCCUCUAUGAACACCAGGCGCAGCAGUGUCGGUGUUGGAGUGGUGGAUGGUAAGCUGUAUGCAGUAGGAGGCUAUGAUGGGGCAUCACGCCAAUGUCUCAGCACAGUAGAAGAAUAUGAUCCUGUGACCGACCAAUGGUGUUAUGUGGCAGACAUGAGCACAAGGCGCAGUGGAGCAGGUGUGGGUGUGUUGGGUGGUCAGCUUUAUGCAGCAGGUGGACAUGAUGGUCCUCUGGUCAGGAAGAGUGUGGAGGUGUAUGACCCUCAGACUAACACAUGGAGGCUGGUCUGUGACAUGAACAUGUGCAGACGAAAUGCGGGUGUCUGUGCCAUUAACGGGCAUCUCUAUGUAAUUGGGGGAGAUGAUGGUUCCUGCAACCUCUCCUCUGUAGAGUUUUACAACCCAGCAACCGAUAAAUGGAGCCUCAUUCCUACAAAUAUGAGCAAUGGGCGCAGUUAUGCAGGAGUUGCUGUCAUUGAAAAGUUUGUAUGACCAAUUCCUGACAGUUAAUUCUGUCACUGAUGUAAUGACAUCUGAGGCUCAACAAAUGGACAAAAACACAUCACUGAAAGUGAUGUUUCCAUCAACAGUCUUUGGCACUGUUUCUCAACCUACUCGUGUUGCAUUGGAGGAAUCCUGAAACAUUGCACUACAUUACAAGCAAUAGUCACUGAAAAGCAAGGUCUUAAGAAGUAUGACUUCAGCUGUUAAGCACAAAACAAGCAUCUCCUUAAAGUAUAUUGUUUAAGGAAUAUGGGCCAAAAACAGGACAAUGUGCAGUAUCUGUACUGGCAGAGUACUCCGGUUGGGACCAGGCCUACUUCCUGCAUUUGCAGCCAUGGGCAAUAUUACUGUACCUGAGUGUGACCAAGUACCAGGACUGGUGUGCCAAGGGAGACACAACUCAACAUUUCAUUGUGUUAUGGAGCCAAGUUUAUCUGCGAACUGGACCAAGCAAGGCAGCUUUGCAAACAACUUUUUUGUUCAGUCUGGAAAGUGAUGGAAUGUAUAAAACUGAGUGAAAUAUUAUCAGAUAUAUUUUUUCAAUCUCUUAAGAAGCCUGAGGUCUGCUGCUAUAAUAGUUUUGUAAGGAAUGCACUACUGAUGCACUAACUGAUCCUGGCCUGUUCCUGGGCUGUUCCUGCGCCUGACUAUUUCCUGCUGAUACAGGUUUUAAAGCACCACUUUUUGAAUUUUAUUCUUGUAAUUGUAAGUGGCUGCGGUUACAGGCUCACCAAAAUCUGAUUCAUAUGAUUUCUUUUCCUUUAAAAAAAUACUACAAGAACAUGCAAACUGCACAAUUUGAUGUGAGUGAUCAGGAAAUCAGAUGAUUUUGUUUACAUUUCAUUUUGAUAAUCUUUUAGCUUCAAAAAUCUGAUGAUCAGAUUUUGAGUGUACAUGUAAUCGAAGUCAGUGUCAGUAACAAACUAUAACAUUACAGCAGUUAUGUUGAGUGGAGCCUGGUAAAUGCACUGUAGUACCUUAAGUAUAUUUUGUAAAAGUUGUGGGAUAAAAUGUUAUAUUUAUUGUGUUUAGAGGCAAUAUGCUCAAAGAAUUAAAUCAUUUAAUCAUUUUAUGUAAAUUAAGGUAAUAUUAUUUUUUGUGUAACUCAGAAAUAUGAACUACUCUAAAUAGUGUUUGUGCUAAAAAAAAAAAAAAAGCUAUAUAUGAUGCUACUUUAAAACAAUUUGCAGCAAUUUUGUGGAUGUCAGCCACAUCUGCUGUCAUUGAAUGCAUUAACUGUUUUAGCAUUGUCUCAUUUGUGUUUCUAUGUGUUACUAAGCAAGAAGCCCAAAUCCAAAAAACUGUUCAUGUGCACUGAUGCAUUACGUCAAUGUAUAGAAUUCACUUAAUGCCAUAUUUUCUUAAAGCCUAAACUUGUAAUAUGCGA